AUGUUAUCGAGGUUGGCUCUUCGUAAUGCACAGUUACUGUCUACGACCAUGCGUGGAGUACAAAGUGCUUCAUCGGUAGCAACAGAGUCACUUCGUCCCAAACGUUUAAUUGAUCCAUCUCCAGUUAGACAUGGAUUUAUACCCGAGGAGUGGUUUCAAGCUUUUUAUUCAAAAACUGGUGCAUCAGGACCUUAUGUAUUUGCUUUAACUGUGGGCACUUAUCUAGUUUCCAAAGAAAUUUAUGUCUUGGAGCAUGAAUUUUAUAAUGGAAUAUCUUUGUUAAUAAUAUGUGUGGCAAGUGUAAAGCUAUUUGGCCCAAAACUUGCUGAAACAUUAGACAAAGGAAUAGAUAAGUAUCAUAACGAGCUUGAUGAGACUAGGAACAGUGAAGUACGUCAAAAUGAAGAUUUAAUUUUACAUGAAAAGAAAGUGCAGUCAAGUUUGGAUGGACAGAAAAUGAUCAUGGAUAUUAAGAAAGAAAACAUUAAGAUGCAGCUGGAAGCAACUUACAGAGAACGCAUGGUGCAAGUUUACCAAGAGGUGAAAAAGCGUCUUGAUUAUCAAGUGCAAAUACAAAAUCUCGAACGUCGAAUUGCACAGAAACACAUGGUACAAUGGAUUGUAAAGGGAGUACUAAAAUCUAUCACUCCUGAACAGGAGAAAGCAACUCUUCAACAAUGUAUCAAAGAUCUUGAAGCUCUUGCUGUUAAAGUAUAAAAAGUUGCACUUAAAUUAGAUAAAAUAGAAAUAGAGUGACAUGAAUAAUAAAAGAAAAAUUGUCAUUAAAUGUAACUUACUUUCUAUAUAAACUAAUUUAGUAUAUAUUGUUAUAUUAUAAUUUAGUAAAUAUUGUUUUCAAACACUCAGGAUGAUGUUGUAAAUGACAAAACGUUGUAAAUGAAUAAACAUUGUACUAUAACAAUGUAAAUGAAUCAUUACUGUAUUAAUGGUAUAUUAUGAAAAAUUUUAUUAAUUUAAAAAUGUAGAACACAAUUACCGGCGAUGUUAAAUGUUAUGAUAAAGCGUUAUUUUAUUAUUACGGAACUGCACAAUCUAUCUGUGUAUCUAAUCAGCAGACAAUAUUUUCUAAAUGUAUUUUAAUAUUUAUUUUUUACUAACCCUGUCUGUAGAUUUUGGUUUUCAUUGCUUAAAAGGAAAGAGCGGCAAAUUGGGACAUUAAUUUUAUUAAACUUUUUGUAGUAUAAUAUUCUACAAUAAAGUACUUGAACAAA